UGCAACUACGCGCGCGCCAAUCCGCUUCCCAAAACCAACCACCACCUACACGCCGCGCGGACCGCGCCCGCACCGGCGGUCUCCUCUCCAAUCCCCUAGGGUUCGAUCCCGAUGGCGUCCUCGUCGUCGGUCGCCUCCACGCGCUUCGCCGCCGAAGGAGUACUGUCGGCGAGGGCAGCUCGGGGCGGCGCUGAGCCGGCCCGGGGCCUGCGGCUGACUCCGGUGCGCGGGCGGCGGCGUGGGAUCCGGUGCUGCGCGGUCGGGAAUCCCGGCGCCGGAGGUGGAGUUGGAGGUGCCGGUGGCGGUGCGGCCGCGCGGGAGGAGUUCGUCGGGUUUUUCAGGGAGGCGUGGCCGUACAUCCGGGGCCACAGGGGGAGCACCUUCGUGGUCGUCAUCUCCAGCGAGGUCGUGUCAGGGCCACACUUCGACGGCAUUCUGCAGGAUAUUUCACUUCUUCAUGGUUUGGGGAUCCAAUUUGUUCUUGUUCCAGGAACACAUGUCCAAAUUGAUAAGCUCUUAUCGGAAAGAGGGAGGAUGCCUAGGUAUGUUGGUCAGUACCGAGUUACUGAUUCUGAUUCACUGGAGGCUGCAAUGGAGGCAGCUGGAAGGAUUCGGUUAACAAUUGAGGCGAAGCUUUCUCCUGGUCCUCCAAUGUUGAAUCUUCGUAGGCAUGGUGUUAUUGGGCGUUGGCAUGGUCUCGUGGACAAUGUUGCAAGUGGCAACUUCCUUGGUGCUAAGAGAAGAGGAGUAGUUAGUGGUAUUGAUUAUGGGUUCACUGGCGAAGUUAAGAAAAUAGAUGUUUCACGGAUAAAAGAAAGGCUUGAUAGUGACAGCAUAGUUGUUGUGAGCAAUAUGGGGUACUCGAGCUCAGGAGAAGUGCUAAACUGCAACACUUAUGAAGUAGCUACUGCGUGUGCUUUAGCCAUUGAGGCGGAUAAGCUCAUCUGCAUUGUAGAUGGCCAAAUAUUUGAUGAGCAUGGACGUGUCAUUCAUUUCAUGUCUCUUGAGGAAGCAGAUAUGUUGAUCAGAAAGCGUGCUAAGCAAAGUGAUAUUGCUGCAAAUUAUGUCAAGGUUGUGGAUGAGGAAGGUAUCAGUCAUUUGCAUGAGGAUGACAAACCAUCUUUGAAUGGAAGCAGUCCUCUUGGAGCAUUUGCUGCUUCUUUCCACAAUGGCUUGGGAUUCAACAAUGGAAAUGGUAUUUAUUCUGGCGAGCAAGGAUUUGCUAUUGGUGGUGAAGAGCGGUUAAGCAGAUCAAAUGACUAUCUUUCUGAGUUGGCAGCAGCAGCGUUUGUAUGCCAUGGUGGCGUUCAAAGAGUUCAUAUCAUAGAUGGAACGGUUGAUGGAUCACUGCUAUUAGAAUUGUUUACAAGAGAUGGUACAGGAACAAUGAUAGCUAGGGAUGUAUAUGAAGGAACAAGGAUAGCUAGAGAGGAGGACCUUCUUGGGAUAAGAAAAAUUCUUCGACCACUGGAAGAAUCUGGUGUUUUGGUGAAGAGAACAGAUAAAGAGCUUCUUGAAGCACUGGAGGCAUUUUAUGUUGUUGAAAGGGAUGGUUCAAUCAUUGCAUGUGCUGCUCUGUUCCCAUUUCCUGAAGAUAAAUCUGGAGAAGUUGCUGCGAUUGCUGUAUCUGAAGAAUGCCGAGGAAGGGGUCAGGGGGACAAGUUGCUUGAUUAUAUUGAGAAGGCAGCAAUGUCCCUUGGCCUGGAGAAAUUAUUCUUGCUCACGACACGGACAGCUGAUUGGUUUGUGCGGCGUGGCUUCUCGGAGUGUUCGAUUGAAUCCAUUCCUGAGCAGAGGAGAAAACACAUCAAUUUAUCACGAGGAUCGAAGUAUUAUAUAAAGCAGCUUCAGCCAAAGCAUGCGAGUGUUACUCCCAACAAUAUUAUUGCUAGAUGACAGGAGGCACAUGGAAUUGGUGCAGUUCAACAUUAUAUCAGCUCUGGCCACCCAAAAUUUUGAAGGUAUAUUGUACUAAGUUCGAGUUUCAGGGAGAAACCUAGGAGCUGUUAGUGAUACUGAUUUUGAAAUGCUGUUUAUCUAUUUACAUGGUUGCAAAUGGAAUUUGUUUCACAACAGAAUCAGGGUAGAUCAUAGCUGGAGAAAGUGGUUGAAAGCUUGAAAAGGUACUGAUAGUGAUGACUAUCAUAUCCCGUAGUGGUAUUACCAGGC